AUGGAGGUGGACGCGGUGGUUUCUUUUGGUUCGGCGGCGGCUCUCAUCAUCAUCGUCAUAAGAAUCAUGAAUUCAAAAGCUCCAAACAAAAAGUUCGGAAAAGAGAGGGCAAAGCAAGAUUUCCGUCGUAAUGUGAAUGACUUUGCAGAUCACUUAUUUGGGAUUUGGAGUGAUGGGUUUGAAUUCUCUGGCAAGCGUACCUCGUGGUUCGAGAAACAGUACUCUAGGGUUUGCAAAAGAAAUCGGAAUGGUAGGAGGAGACACAUUCCUCAAACUUUGGAUAAAAGGUGUUUUGAUUUCUACGGAAUUGAUGAGGGAUUUGAAAUUGAAUACUUUUUGCGGACUGCAUUGGGGAAAACAUUCACUUAUAAAGAGGAGGAAGCUCGCUCGUGGAGGUAUUAUAACAACUCUUGGGGCUCGAGGCAACGAUCAGAUGAAGAAGAAAAACAAGAACAAUACCAAGACGACAAAUAUAAGUUUAGGGAGCCAGACUCAAGCCAGGAGUCUCAUAGACAGGCACUUGGUCUGAGCUCCUCGGGUCCCUUAAAUCUUCAAGAUGUCAAAAAUGCAGAGUCUCGGUUUCUUCAUCUUCUCUUCGUUAAUCCAUCGUUACCAUUUGAAUCUGAAGCAAAUCUGAGAAUUUACCAACCUCUCACGCCGAAUAAUAAAGAUACCACAGAGUUCACUGCUUUACGGAAACUGAAAGCAAGAGCCUUUUUUGGUUUAUUGAUGGGUGAGGAGUUAGCUGACACAAUGAACCUGGAUUUGAAUCUAGGCCCUGGUCCUGAGUCAGAUCUCCAGGCAAAUGAAACUGUGAAUUUGGCUGAUUGGACUAAUGACUCAUCUGAGAGAUCCUCUGAAGCUGUGACGAGGAUCAGGACUCGACACAGGACGAGGUUCAGGCAGCUUAAUCUCCCCAUCCCGGUUCUAUCUGAAACCCACACCAUGGCUAUAGAGCUGAACCAGCUGAUGGGGAGCUCUGUAAAUGGAGCUUCUUUACAGACUGGUGAAGGCAGUGAGAGAGGCAACGAGGAUCUGAAAAUGUGUGAGAAUGGUGAAGGAGGUGUUGGCGACGGUGUGUUGGAUAAGAAAGGAGAUUUGGAGAAGAGCAGUGGCUGCGAUGGUAACUUCUUCGAUUGUAAUAUAUGUUUGGAUUUGUCGAAGGAGCCGGUUCUCACCUGUUGUGGCCAUCUCUACUGUUGGCCUUGCUUGUACCAAUGGUUACAAAUCUCUGACGCAAAGGAAUGUCCGGUUUGCAAAGGAGAAGUGACCACCAAAACCGUGACGCCGAUCUAUGGGCGUGGAAACCAUAAAAGAGAAGUUGAAGAGAGUUUGGAUACUAAGAUCCCAAUGAGACCCCACGCGAGACGCAUUGAGAGUUUGAGGAAUACGAUUCAGAGGUCACCUUUUACAAUACCGAUGGAAGAAAUGAUCAGACGUUUGCAGAACCGGUUCGACAGGGAUUCAACUCCGGUUCCUGAUUUUAGUCACCACCGGGAGGCGUCAGAGAGAGUGAACGAUCGAGCCAAUUCGAUUCUGAACCGGUUGAUGACCUCCAGGGGAGUUAGAUCAGAGCAGAGCCAGGCCAGUGCUGCUGCUGCAGCAGCUCUUGCAGCAGCAUCGGAGGAUUUGGAUCUAAACCCGAACAUUUCUCCUGAUCUUGAUGGAGAAACUACGACGAGGUUCCAUCCUCUGUUGAUCAGGAGGCAGUUGCAGUCACACAGAGUCGCGAGGAUCUCGACAUUCACCUCUGCGUUGAGCUCUGCUGAGAGGCUUGUGGAUGCGUAUUUUAGAACUCAUCCGUUGGGGAGGAACCACCAGGAGCAAAACCAUCAUGCUCCUGUUGUGGUUGAUGAUAGAGACUCGUUCUCGAGCAUUGCAGCGGUUAUAAACUCUGAGAGUCAAGUGGAUACUGCGGUUGAGAUUGAUUCUAUGGUCACUCUUUCGACGUCUUCUUCGAGGAGGAGGAAUGAGAAUGGGUCAAGGGUUUCUGAUGUAGACAGUGCAGAUUCUCGUCCACCUAGGAGAAGGAGACUUGCUUGA